ACCGAAGAAGCUUGACUGGAAUACUGCCUAGCCUCAUGUCUGCCCCUGCUCCAGCCAGUCGGAGAUCUGCAUCGGGCUCUCGCCGGUAGGUCGUCAGCAGACUUGAUGUCACCAAUGCAGCUCUAAAUGAGCUUGCUCACAUUAGCAUGCAAUUAAUUCAAGGCAUGGGCGUUUUACAAGUUAAUUGUGUUGUACCUGGGUACCUUAGGGGGGUACAAUUAAUUGCUAGUCGUAGCUGAGUGCGUGGAGUUUCCCUAUUAUAUCUUCGCGUUAUGCUAAUAGACCCAUGAUAGCCUAUUGAUAAUCUAGCACUCCCAGGAAUAUGCGGAGAAAAAGUGUUGAGUUUCCGGAGAGCAAUUCUUCACGCCGCGGCUUGAAAGUUGAUUUUCUGUAGGCGUUAAAAAACAUCCUAAAAUGAUCAGUCAUAAAGCAAAUUACAGUCAUACCUCGGUUUUCGACCAUAAUCCGUUCCAGAAGGCUGUUCGAAAACCGAUUUGUUCGAAAACUGUAACCACGCUCUUUAAAAAAAAAACUUUAUUGAACGCGUCUGCUCACAAUGGAAAGCAACACGCGGAAGCGUCACUUCCUCGUCUACCCGAGGGAGCGUCACUUCCUCGUGGAAGGAAGGCAAGAGGAGUCAAGUGGCGCAUUCAAGUGCGCUCAGUUUGGUCGAGAACCAAUUUUCGGUCGUAAUCCGAGGCAUAAAAAAACUCGAUUUUUUUUUGUCGAAAACCGAUUUGGUUGAGAACAGAGAGGUUUGAAAAACGAGGUUUGACUGUAAUGUGAUAAUUAAGAAAGAAUUAUUUUAGGAGAUUAUUUUUAAAACUAACACACUGAAUCUUGGAGGUUAUAAUAUAAUUAACAUCAAUGUUCUCUUUGCCCCACUUGGGCACAUCUAUUUCACCAAACUAUGGGUUUGAAGCAGAACAAGCGUUAAUUAUUCACUUGAUCUGCAUAUUGUAAACGUACUUCAUCCAUUAAUAGCAGUAAUUCAGCCACACAAACAGUUCAUUCAUAACCAAGCGACAAUGAUGUGAGGGCCUCUUUAGUCGACGUCUCCUUGAAUGGAGGACAUCGAACGCCUCAUUUCCUCAAAAUAUUUCUACCUCCUCCCGCAUCACUUGUCUAUAGAGAUGAGAUGCUAAAAAGAUGAGCCCCUAUACACGGGACCAUAUUUACUUCCAUAAACACUGCCAAAUGACAUCGUCUUUGGUCCAACUCACUCAAUGUCGUGCCCUUGUGCAUGUGAGGUUGUACAUUGGCAGUUGCAUUUGUUUUUUUCCAUAAAAAGAUCUGAUUUAACAAAAAUAUCCUAAUUGGUCAUCAUGCCCUGCAGCAUGAACGUAGCCUUGAUCCUGUCUAUCUGAUCAUGACCGGGGGGAGGAGGGAAGAGUCCCAGUGCCCAUUUAUUACAAAUAAACAGCUUGAAGCAAGAACUCUGGUUGUAAUUUGUCUAACAGUUUAUCUGCCAAACGAAAUGCUGCAAAUUCAGAGAGGAAGGAAUACAUACAACGUUACGAAUACAGUUCUGCCAGUCUAAAUGUGACUUUAAUGCAUCCUUGAACUAUUCAUGAAGAAGAAGCAAUAUUUAAUUUGACGUGUUUCAUUAGCGGGUCGGCCACAAGACUGAAUCAGCUCUCUGUCUGUCUUUCUUUGAUUGAGUCAGCGGUUGGUCCAACUUGAUUUGUCUCUGCCCGGUCUCAUCGUGUCAGCUGAGGCUUUGAAAAUGUGAUGACAAAUGCGAAAUCUGUUUGGUGGUCAGACGCCUCCCACUUGCUCAUCACUAAACAGCAAGUUUAUUUUAUAAUCCUGUUUUUCUUACAGGUAUUGUUCAAAUGGCAUUUAUUUUCUUUCAUAAAGUGCAAAUAUUAAGUUUAAAAAAGCUUUAAAUAAAUAAAAAUAAAACAAUUUUCCAUGUAUCAAAUGUUCAUUUAUUUACUAAUUAAUUGCAAUUAAUUAGUUAAAAACCACUUAAAAUGCAAAACAAUUAUUUCAUUAAAAUUUAAUUUAAUUCAAAUUGAAUUGACCUCAUUUCAUGUAUUACUUGGUAUGACAAUGUUUGUCAAGUCGAGUCACAUUUAUUUAUAUAGCCCUGAAUCAGAAAGGGCUUCACAUGCCCACAGUUGACAAAUAUUCAUGACAUCCCCUGACCUUAACCCUUAGGAGGGCAAGGGAAAACAAAAAAAUAACAAAUAAAAAGACAUCUGGGGGAAAAUGAGAAACACGAGAAAGGGCCGCAGAGGGGAGAAUCCCCCUUUCUCUGAUGGCCAGGCUGCAAUAGAUGCGGAGUGGGCAAAGAUUUGGAAGCAGAUACUGCAGCAGCUGUUUGGUACCGCAUUUCAAACCUGACUCUCUAUUCGCCAUCGCACAUUUGUCUACAUGGCAUGUGGAUCGAGGAGCUGUGUGUAGAGCACCCGUGACAACAAUGCAGGACUCGCGGUGGUGUUGCCAUGGCAACAAGCAUCUACAGAUGGCUCAACACGUGUGGCUUUGGUGUCCUCCUCUUUUUCGUCUGCUCUCUCUCAGAUUCAACCCUCUGAAGGCGUUGCAACCCAAACGUCGCUUGCAGCAAAUACUGGCCUCCUCACCCGUCCCGGCCCGCGGGCCGGAGUCCGGGUCAGGGGCGGCCGCACGGGUUGCUACGGCGCCGGUAGCCAUUCCGGUGCCGGCGCCCCCUGCGUUUGACUAUUGCAGGUUCAUAGAGCUAGACUACGUUCCCAUGGAGACAGGUUACAUGGUGUCAAUGCGCCCGACUAAAGGCUAUGCAUCCACUGCAAAAGGACACGCUUCCACCAAGUCCCCGGACCGCCUUAGCCGUCCAUCAAACUCCCCCUCUACCCCUCGCUCCCGCAGGCGGUCACCUGCAGGCCCCAGUAACAGAGAUCCUUAUGGCAAUGCCUCCCUCAGUAGCAGCAGCAACUCUGGCUCUUGUAAAGGCAGCGACUGUAGCCCAACCAAAGGACGUCAUCAGAAGUACAUAUCAUGUACAGACAACCACGGUAUUCGGCCCCCACCACCAGAACAGUACCUCACACCUCUGCAGCAGAAAGAGGUGUGCAUCCGUCACCUGCGGGCCAGGCUAAAAGAAACCAUCAACACACUGCAAGACAGGGACACAGAGAUAGAUGAACUGAGAGAGAAGCUUUACAAAAUGCAAGAGGACUGGGUGGAGGAGGAGUGCCACCGCGUGGAGGCUCAACUGGCCCUUAAGGAAGCGCGACUGGAGAUCCAGCAACUUAAACAGGCGGUGGACACGGUCCGCAGCAGGUUGAGUGACGCCGGGGGAUUCAGCGGGGACAUCGGGGUCCAAAAGUACUUUCAGGACAUCAACACUCAAAACCACAAGCUCGAGAGCCUGUUGCUCAACAUGGAAUUAGCUCAGGUGGGAUUAGCCAAGGAGGGGGAAGCCAUAGCAGGCCGACAAACCCGAGUUGGGGGUUCGGCGCCAGCGUCUGUGUCUGGGGAAAGUCCAGGAGGAAUACCAAAACCAGCAAUAGGAGGAACGGGUUCUUGUUCUUGUGAUGGUUCGCCAGCCCAUGCUCUGACCCGUAGCUCCACCUACACCAAACUGAGCGAUCAAGCAGCAAACCGAAAUGGCAAUGGCGUGGAUUUUCCUUGUCUUUCAGCUGAUGGCACUCAGGACAGUGGCUUUGUUUGCUGCGGGGAGAGCAGCAGUGUCCCGAGUCGGGCCGACUUGCUCCUCGAGGCCGCCUUCCUCUCAGAGGAAACAGCUUCAUUGCUCAACUCCUACGCGCAAACCUUUUCACGCUCCACACCCAACUCUUUACCUCACGCUUACUCCCAAACUUUACCUCAUUCAUUCCCUCACAACCCGUCACACUCGGUGCCCCACACGAUGCCGCACUCGGCCACCUACGAGAAGCUGUGCUCGGGUGAACGCAUGUCAACAGUUCGUUGCGGCUUCGGAGGCGGCGGCUGUUUGAGCCACCCCUGCUUAUCACACCAUCACCUCUACCUACAUCCCCUUCGUGAGACGGGCAUUCAGACCGAGAGCUGUCCCACCCCGGCAACAUCAGGUUGCCCAUCAGACUUGGAUACGAUUGCCGAACAACGUACCUUCAGAUCCCAGGCCUGCAGUCCAACUUCAACUUGGAUGUCUGACGAAGGAGAAGACGAUAUCGACUCCAUCACCACGACCACUUCUGUCACCAGAUCAACUGUCAUGAGCGCAGCCACGGAGCCGAUUCCGUUCUCCAAAUUGCCACGGGUGAAUUCCAUUCCGCGUUCUGCCACUGUGGCCUGUUCCAUGGAAAGCCCUUCGUGUGAAAGGAAGGAGGUCACGAAGGAAGAACCUGCUGCAAUGGACAAUCAGGGAGAAAUGUCAGUCGGCCAACCGAUAGAAGUACAGCUGGAGAUGGAGCCAGCAAAACUAGUGAGAAAUCAGGAAGACUCAAAAGAGGUUGCACUUCGCACUUCAGAAGACAGAAACGAAGGCCUAUGGAUAGUAGAGGACAGACCAUUUGGGAAAACGCCGAAAACAGCCAUCAGUCAGGACAUCCAGCAAGCAGACGGCCUAAUUCUGAGCCCAUGUAGCCCUGAAUCCCCACACGGUGUAGAGCAACCCCACACCUCCCAGCCAAAACGAUUUAUUUCCCACGAGGAGGUAGACGGUGUCAUCGUUGUAGAGGUGCAUGACACGGAGGAUGAGAAAAAAUCCGAAACCGAAGAGCAAGGCGACAAAAGCAGCAGCGCAGCAGCAGAGGAAGCGGAUUCCACUUCCGAUUCUGGGCCGAUACAGAAAAGCUACUGGAGUCGUCACUUCCUCGUGGAUCUACUGGCAGUGGCGAUCCCAGUGGUGCCGACAGUGGCGUGGCUGUGCCGGGGUCCGGUUCGAGACAGGCAGCCAAUGUACCACUUUGGAUCACUGCUGAGGGGCUGCUGCACCGUGGCUCUGCACUCACUGCGCAGGGGAGGGGGGUUGAGGCAUUACCCUGCGGGCGGGGGGGACCUUGGUGGAUCUCAGAUGUGAACAAAGGUUCUCCUAAAAUCUCUCUCUUCGGAUGUUUGGCCAACACUAGAUGGCUUUUAAUUGAAGAAAGUCUGGUGAAAUAUCAUCGGCAUCCUGUCCUGAAGGAUAACUUGAGAAAGAAAAAAAGAUCCAGGUUUGUGUGCAUUAAAGGUGAAGUGAAGUGACUGGAUUGACCAAACCGCUGGUCCAAGGCUGAAUGUGCUGAUUGAACUGAAUAAUCACUACUUGGAUGUGCAAUGCUGAUUGUUUCGUUUUCAAAUGCAGGGAAAACUUUCAAGGUUUGUUCUUUGGUCAAGAUCGCCGACUCACUGUUGGCUGGAACUAUAGCACUUUGUUAGAUAUGUACUCAUUAGUGUAUGUUGUAUGUUGUGAACCAAAUUGUCUCUGGUGGACAAACUAAAAUCCAUUCGUUGGGUCAAUUCAAAA